AUGACUGACAUUCCCUCCAUUGCCGUAGUGGCUUCGUCCCGUGCCGUGAUCUCCGGCCGUUUGACUGCAGCCACUGUGGUUAUCUCGCGGUCAACGGGCAAGAUCACUGCGGUCUUCGAUACCGUGAUUCCCGCGGCCGAAUUCCCUGCGGAUACCCCGUACACCGACUACUCACCCCAUGUCUUGCUGCCAGGCCUGGUCGACGCACAUGUUCACUUGAACGAGCCUGGCCGUACAGAAUGGGAAGGCUUCUACACCGGCACCCAGGCCGCUGCCUUUGGCGGUGUGACCACAGUCAUUGAUAUGCCUCUCAAUGCCAUCCCGCCGACCACCACCGUCAACGGGCUGAAAGAGAAGAUCCAAGCAGCCCAAGGCAAGUGCUGGGUGGAUGUCGGUUUCUACGGCGGCAUCAUUCCCGGCAAUGCGGGCGAAUUGAAGGCUCUCGUUCACGAGGGUGUGCGUGGUUUCAAGGGUUUCCUGAUCGACAGCGGUGUUGAUGAGUUCCCUGCCGUCACGCCAGAGGAUAUCAAGAAGGCCAUGGCUGAGUUGGCGGACGAGCCCACGACGCUCAUGUUCCACGCGGAAAUGAUGCCUCCCACUACCGCGCCAGUGGACGGAGUCCAACAGGCAGACCCACCCACUACAUCCGGACCACUCGAGGCAUAUGCCACUUUCCUGGCCUCGAGGCCCUCAGCCUUUGAGACCUGCGCCGUUGAAAGCAUUCUCUCCUUGGCUCACCUAGCUCCCAACCUCCCCUUGCACAUUGUCCACCUUUCCGCCAUGGAAGCCAUUCCGCUGCUUCGGGAAGCCCGCGCCCACGGCGUCAAGAUCACCGCCGAGACCUGCUACCACUACCUAUCACUGGCGGCGGAAGAAGUGCGCGACGGCGACACCCGCCACAAGUGCUGCCCUCCCAUCCGCUCGAAGCUAAACCAAGACGGUCUCUGGGAAGAGCUCGAGAAGCACGCGGGCGACGGUGUCAUCAAGACUGUCGUAUCGGAUCACUCUCCCUGCACACCAGACCUGAAGAUGCUUCCCGCCCACGUCCCCGGCCACUGCGCCGGAACCAAGGAUGAGAAGACCGGCGACUUCAUGUCAGCAUGGGGAGGCAUUUCGUCCGUCGGACUGGGUCUGCCUAUUCUCUGGACAGACCUCAGCCGUCGCAAGGGUCUGACGUCAGCUCCGGAAGACGAGAACACCAAGAACGCCCUCCAGGACGUCGUCCGUCUCUGCUGCGCCAACACUGCUGCCCAGGUCGGCUUGGAGUCACACAAGGGUGACCUGGUUGUCGGCUUCGAUGCGGAUAUCUGUGUCUUCGACGAUUCCGCCGAAUGGGUCGUCGAGCCUAGCACCAUGCUCUUCCGCAACAAGUGCUCGCCUUACCAGGGCCGUACCAUGCGCGGUAUGGUCCGCGAGACUUGGCUCCGGGGUGAGCGCAUCUACAGUCGGGACUCCGGCUUUGCCAGCCAGUCUCCUCACGGCAAGCUGCUUCUUGAGAAGCGGGUUUGA